AUGAGAUCCCAGGAGGCAGAAGGAUCGGAAGUGCAGAACAGCAAGUUAGGAGCUGAGAACGCGGACAGCAUCGGUGCCGUGCUGAACAGUAAAGAUGACCAGCGGGAGAUCGCCGAAACGAGAGAAACGUGCAGGGCUGCUUAUGAUACUUCUGCACCAAACGCAAAACGCAAAUACCCAGAUGAGGGAGAAGCUGAUGAGGAAGAGAUUGAAGAAUAUAAGGAUGAAGUAGAGCUGCAGCAAGAUGAAGAGAACCUGCCCUAUGAAGAAGAGAUUUACAAAGAUUCCAGUACCUUUCUUAAGGGUACUCAGAGCUUAAAUCCACACAACGAUUACUGCCAACACUUUGUGGAUACAGGACACAGACCCCAGAACUUCAUCAGAGAUGUUGGCUUAGCAGAUAGGUUUGAAGAAUACCCAAAACUUAGAGAGCUCAUCAGGUUGAAGGAUGAGCUGAUAUCUAAAUCUAACACUCCUCCCAUGUACUUACAAGCAGACUUGGAAGCUUUUGAUAUCAGGGAACUGAAGUCUAAAUUUGAUGUGAUUCUUCUGGAACCACCACUGGAAGAAUACUACCGAGAGACUGGCAUUACUGCCAAUGAAAAAUGCUGGACCUGGGAUGAUAUCAUGAAAUUGGAAAUUGAAGAAAUUGCAGCCCCAAGGUCAUUUGUGUUUCUAUGGUGCGGUUCAGGCGAGGGUCUGGAUCUUGGCCGAGUGUGUCUACGCAAAUGGGGUUACAGAAGAUGUGAGGACAUUUGUUGGAUUAAAACGAAUAAGAACAAUCCUGGAAAGACCAAGACACUAGACCCUAAGGCUGUUUUCCAAAGAACCAAGGAGCACUGCCUCAUGGGCAUUAAAGGAACUGUGCGUCGCAGUACAGAUGGUGACUUCAUCCAUGCUAAUGUUGACAUUGACCUAAUCAUCACUGAAGAGCCUGAAAUCGGCAACAUAGAAAAACCUGUAGAGAUUUUUCACAUCAUUGAGCAUUUCUGCCUUGGACGGCGACGUCUUCAUCUUUUUGGAAGAGACAGUACAAUUCGGCCAGGUUGGCUGACUGUAGGACCCACCCUCACAAACAGCAAUUUCAAUGCAGAAACGUAUUCCUCAUACUUCACAGCUCCAAAUUCCCACCUGACCGGCUGUACCGAAGAGAUUGAGAGACUUCGGCCCAAGUCACCACCACCCAAGUCCAAGUCUGACCGGGGAGGUGGUGCUCCAAGGGGAGGAGGAAGAGGAGGGACUUCAGCAGGCCGAGGAGAAAGGGGCAGAGAGAGGAACAGAACUAACUUCCGGGGUGAGAGGGGUGGCUUCAGAGGGGGACGUGGAGGUACCCAUAGAGGAGGCUUCCCCACCCGCUGAUAGACUGUUAGGUAAUUGCUUCUCCCCCCGGUCCUGUGCCUCGUCUCUGAAUCUUUUUCUUGGUCUUGUUUUUGCUAAAGCGAACUAUUCUGGGGACUCAAGCUAGAUGACUUUUAAAAUUGUUCUUGAUGCAAGCAGUUACAGAUAGUCUGCCUUCCAGUGACCGGCCUGGCCCGUCACCUCACCUGGCAGGCAGGGUCCUGCACCUGACGGCACUAAACUCAGCCUCCUGCAGCUUCUGUUUGUCAAAGCAGAGAGCACUGUCUCUUCAAACCACGGAGAGGAUUGAAGUGAAGAUACUUGCUCUUCCCUUAUGAAACUUGCAAGUUGUGGGCUUUAUUAACUGUCAUUUUCUCCAGAACACGGAUUCCUCUUCCUUCUUCGGAGGUUCAGGUUUGGACCAACUUGGAUUAAUAUGAUGGAGUGGGCACGAAACGCGGUUCUGAAUUGCACGGCCAUAGCAGACUUACGCCCUUAUUCAUGGAAGAAAAGUGCUGUGUCUAUAUUGACACCUAUUUUAACUUCUCUGAAACCAAGGAGCAAAUUGAAUAAAUAGAAUUCUAUUUUUUCUUAUUUGGUUUAAAUUUCCCGAAUUAUUCCUGGGAAUAGGGAGCAAGUUUAUUUUUCACUUGUGAUGUAUGUGCACUCACUUUUCAUGUCUGUAGUGGGGAGAGUGGUAAUUCUGUGCGGUCGUGUGUUGUGCUUCAUGGAAAGCAAGAAGUUGUGCGUUUACAUGCCGCCCAGAGCUUCUGCGUGGGUCUGGAUUGCUUCUUGAGUAGGGAUUUUCGCCCAGCGUCUGGUCAUAACAGCCUCGUUCUUUGGUAGGGAAAACGGGUUUUAUUGCAGAGCAAUUGCAAUGUAAGUAGUAGAAGGACCCCGUUGGAGGUCGUAUUGGAAAUGUGAGGCGAUGUUGUAAGAGCGAGCGCUUCCUGAAAACAAUCACCUGGGUAAUGAGGGCGCCGUAAUCGAAGUGUUUUGCUUUGCCUGUGGACGUUACGCACAUUGGGUAUGGACUGUUGGUGGUCAGCUCCAGAGCACAGCAUGAAAGCGAUUCGCUUUGGUAUGUACAAUAUUUGUUUUUAGCAAAACUGCAACUCUGAAUUUCUUGGUCAAUACUUGGUAGACUGAACAAACCUGGCUGUUGAAGUCUCAAAGUCUUAGGUGUGGAGUUUGGAAAAUUGGCUUUUAAGUCUCAUAAUGUUUCUCUCUUGAAGCCUAGCUUUUAAAUAGCUGUCCUGUAAAGUAGUGGAUUAUUAAACUUGUUUAUCAAAGCUAAUGUUGAAAUAUUUUUCUUAACAUUUUGUGGGUUUGUUCUCCUGGAGGUUUUGGAAUUGCGAAGUUUUACUGUGGUUUCCUCCCUACUGUUGUAAAAGAGCAGGCAGUAACUCUUCUUUGGGGCGUGAAGUCUUAGCACGGAAGUUUUUGUAGGGUCCGGCCAACUUUGCGGCCUUGGUAGUGUGCUCAGUAAGGGACCGCUGAAGUGCAAAUGAAACUCACCUACUGUUUACAUCUUGUUUCUUCCCGUGUUAUAUUGGCACAUCCGAAGAGUGACUGGAUUUGGGGGAGGGGGCGCUUUAAGGGUAGCGCUGGUUUGACUGUCAGUGGGGUCUGCCAAAGACUGCUUGGAACAGCAUCCGACAGAAGUUACACGCCACAGUAAGAAAACUUUUGCCCUACUCAUGUUCUUACUCAAAAAGUAAAUACUGGAGACGCUUAGCCUUAGGAAGGUUGCUCCUGUGCCAGUGACAAAUCUUCUUUUUCUUUUUUUUCUCAAUUAGUAGAAAUUGUUAAUUCCCAUUUGCCCCUUUUAAUUAUAUGUCCAUAGCUGAUAGUUCAGUGCUUAGGCUACUCUUAACACAGAAGAUUAGGCUACAUUGAAGAGGAGACUCAAAAAUAACUGGUUGAGAUGUGCAUCUGUAUCAGUUUGCAGAAGUUGGGGUGCUGCUCAAGGCUUCGGUGACUUGGGAAAUGAAUUGCAUGUG